AUGUCUACCCCUACGAAGAAGGAAUUCCUCUGCAUCUGCCCCGACAAGCCGGGUGUUGUCGACAAGCGCUUGGAGGUCCGGGGAAACCACCUCGAAGGCGCUACAAAGCUCGUCAGUGAGGGUUCUCUCGUUCUUGGAGGCGCAAUGUUCAACUCGCACCCCAAAGAAGGCGAGACUCCUUCGUUCAAGGGGAGUGCUAUGAUGCUGCUCGCUGAGAAUGAGGAGGAAGCGAGAAAAUUGUUGGAGAAUGAUGUCUACACGCGGAAUGGCGUGUGGGAUAUUGAGAAUGUGCAGAUUAUCCCGUUCAAAUCGGCCGUGAGACUGGCGCUGUGA